AGCAUAUGUACAACAGCCUCCAAAUUAAAUAAUAAAAACACUUACACAUACAUGUACAUUUUGCGCGCCUGUAAAAGAUAUUGUUCAUCUUAAUAAUAUUUAUUUUUUAAUUACAACUUUACCAACUCAUGGAUGUUUUGCACAGCGAAUGCUUACAGGAUGAACAUAAGACUGAGAAAUCAGCUAGGCGCAAGCGAGAGGACAAGGAAUUGGAUGGACACGUCGUCGUAGGAACCACUGCUGGGAAGCCUAGACAGCCGAAGCCGGAGGGCAAAAAGUUACGCAAGAAGCUGCACGAGUUCGAGCAAGAAAAUGAGACGCUUGCAAAGGCCAUAAGUGAAAAAAAUAUGGAGAUUACAGCGCUCAAGCGAUCAGUCGAUUCCCUAAACGAUGUGUUGAAUUCCGUACCCAUUGAUGAGUUGCGCUGCAAUUCCUCCAUAGCCAGCACCAAGAUUGUUGAGCUAAGCAAGAAGAACCGUCAGAUGCGCGCCGAGCUGGUGCAGAUGAAGAGUCGCUUGAACAAAAAGGAUGCACAGAUCAAUAAGCUGGAAAAGGAGCUUAAGAGCAACGAGGAAAAGACCCACCAGCAUUCGGAGCUGAUAAAGAAAGGCAAUGCCGCCGAUGAUCUGCAGUUGAAGAUUUCAAACAUGCAGCAGAAGCUGUUUGAGUCGCGCAACAAAAACCUCGAGCUGCAGAAUCAGCUGAAGCUCGCACAGAAGUGCCUGCAACAUGAGAUUGGGGAGAGCUUCAACAUCAACACUCUGGCUGCCAAUCUCAAUCAGGCCAACUGGCGUGGCCGUGCUCAACAAAUUCUCUCAUUGCAGCAAAAAGUUCAGGAGUUAAAGGCACGCCUGGAAUCGUACGAGGACCGCCUCUCCGACCGCUCCGAUUUUGUGCCUAUACCAGUGGGCGCCGACAUGGAUCUGGUUACUACGAAAACAACGCCACGCUGCGCCAACGCAAGUCUGGGCGGUGGUGAUGCAAAUGUGGCCACGUUUGAUCGCUUCACGCCCGGCGUACGCAAAAGCGAGAUCCUGCACAAGGCCAAGGUGGAGGCAUUGGAGAAGGAAAUUGCAGCCUUGCAGGCCCAACUGGAGGAGCAGCGCAAUAAAACAUUGGCGCUCAAGGUGCGCAAUAAGACUCUCAAUGAUGAAAUGGUCAAGUAUAAGCAUCGCUCUUCUGAGCUCGAAGAACAGACCGAUUAUAAUGGCAUCAAUAUAUGUACCAUGAAUGAGAAAUUGAAUCGUCAGCGCCAUCAGUACGAGAAUCGUUUGGAUGAUGUGCGCAACGAUUUGGCGCGAGUUAUUGAAGAACGCGAUGCAGCUAGGCGGCAAAUGGAAGAGUUGGCCGGAAUAAAUCUGGAGCUAGAGACCAGUCUGAAGCAAAAGGAGGUCUUUGUGGAUACCUUGCAAGAAAUGGUUAAGAAACUGGAGACUGAUUUGCGUUCCGUGUCUGGCGGCUUUCUCUUCUCUUGUCGCGAGUUUCGCAAGGAAGAAUUCGUGAGCAUAUUGGAUGCCUUGGAGGUAGAGAAGAACCAGCUAAUGUUGCUGAAUAAAACACUAACCGAACGACUGGAGGCGGAACGUGUGAAGAAUGAUGCCUCCGCAGAACAAAUGGGCAAACAGAAGGCGCGCAUCAGUCGCAUGGAAGGAAAAAUACGUGAAUUGGAGAAGGAGCUGGACGUGCAAUCUGAUCGCAAGAAGCGCACACAACGCAUGGCCGACUAUGCCAACUCUCUGAGUCGUACUUCCCUCAGUAGCUCCAUCAGCUCAUUCACCUUCGAGAAUCAAUCGCAGUGCCAAUCAGUAUCCACGCUCAACUCUGUGGGUGUGGCUGAGCCCAAAAUUGAAGACAUUAAAAAUCAAUUGGAACUGGCACAGGAAAAGAUAACGAUGCUAACGGAGAAACUUGAUUAUUUGACUGAGGAGAAGCGCAACGAUGCCAAAUUCUUCGAAGAAUCGUUGCUGAACACCAGAACGAUAAUACUAGACACGAUCCAAACCACUCGGGAGAAGUUCACGGCAUUGCCCGAUAUGCCCACCAGCGACAGUAUUUGAAAUUUUAAACGCGUAUUGCAUUAUUAUUAUUGUACUUUUAAAUGCUAUAUGUGUGUAGGCGAAGAAUCGAUGCCAUAUAUAUUGCAAAUUGAAUUAAAAAUUUAAGGAAAAAAGUG